GAAGAAGGAGAAGAAGAAGAAGAAGAAGAAGAAGAAGAAGAAGAAAAAGGAAAAGAAGAAGAAGAAUAAUAAUAAUAAGAAGAAGAAGAAAGAGCAGAAGAAGAAGAAGAAGAAGAAAGAAGAAGAAAAAGGAAGAAGAAGAAAGAAGAAGAAGAAGAAGAAGAAGGAAGAAGAAGAAGAGAAGAAGAAGAAGAAGAAGAAGAAGAAGAAGAAGAAGAAGAAGAAGAAGAAGAAGAAGAAGAAGAAGAAGAAGAGAAGAAGAAGAAGAAGAAGAAGAAGAAGAAGAAGAAGAAGAAGAAGAAGAAGAAGAAGAAGAAGAAGAAGAAGAAGAAGAAGAAGAAGAAGAAGAAGAAGAAGAAGAAGAAGAAGAAGAAGAAGAAGACGUGGGGUGUGGUUUUACAUCUUACCAUUAGAUGGCAGUAUGUAACACUUGUUUCCUAUCACACAUAA